AUGGCCGUCAAAGUCUUUUUAACCGGCGCGACAGGCUACAUUGGUGGUACUGUGCUCGACUAUGUCUACAAAGCUCACCCGGAUUACGAAUACACCCUUUACGUGAGAAAUGAGAGCCGCGCCAAGCCAAUCAAGGCCAAGUACCCCAAGGUCAACUUUGUCUAUGGCGCGCUGGAAAACAGUGAGACCUUGCUGGAUGCGGUUGCCAAAACCGACGUUGUAAUCCACACGGCAGACUCUUCGGACAAUGUUCCUGGGGCAACGGCCAUUGCCAUGGGCCUGGAGCAAGGCCAUACUCCGGAAAAUCCUGGCUACUGGAUUCAUCUCUGUGGCACCUCGAUUCUGACCUGGUACGAUCAGAAGCAUGGUCGCGAAGGCGAACCGCCGCUGCCGGAACAGACGUACAGCGACAUUGACGACGUGGAGCGCCUGGUGACUCUGCCUGACUCUGCCCACCACCGAAACGUUGACAUUUUGGUCCAGGAAACCAUCUCGGACGCUGUCAAGGUUGCCAUUAUUUGCCCGCCCACAAUCUAUGGCGAGGGCUUGGGGCCUGUCAACACGCGGAGCAUCCAGGUACCCAAUCUGGCCAAGACCACCCUCAAGGAGGGCUACGCACCGGUUGUCGGCAAGGGCGAGACGGAAUGGGACAAUGUGCACGUCGAUGACCUGGCAGACCUGUUUGUCAAGCUUCUGGAUGCUACCCAGGAUCCGAGCAAGAAAAAGAACCCAGAAAUUUUUGGCCUGCACGGCUACUUCUUUGCGUCCAACGGCGUGCACAAGUGGUCAGAGGUCGCGCAGUGGAUUCUAGACGAGGCAGCCAAGCAAGGAUACCAUUCCGGGGCCGCGACCAAGACGGUCAGCUUAAAGCAGGCCGAGAGUAUUGCAGGCCCUUCUGCGUCCAGUCUUGGUAGAAACUCCAAGGGAAUCCCGCAACGUGCUGAAAAGUAUCUGGGGUGGAAGCCCAAGGGGCCAGACCUCAAGUCUACUAUCGCGGCGACGGUUACCGACGAGGCAAAGGCGCUGAAUCUCAAGGCAAAUAAGGCAUAG